UAAGAGGGUAUUGUUGCCUUGUCUCUAUUCGACCUCUCUCUCUCUCUCUCUCUCUCACUCUUACACUCUACCAAACGAUCCUUAAGCAGAUUGUUUCUGAGAACUCUCAGCAUGUCUGGUGAAGAGGAAGAAAAUGCUGCUGAACUGAAAAUUGGAGAUGAUUUUUUGAAGGCCAAGUGUUUAAUGAAUUGUGAAGUUUCCUUAAUUCUUGAACAUAAAUAUGAGCAGCUUCAGCAGGUGGCUGAUGAUCCAAUGAACCAAGUUUCUCAAGUAUUUGAAAAGUCACUGCAGUAUGUCAAGCGCUUUAGCCGCUACAAGAAUCCAGAUUCUGUCAGACAAGCUCGAGAAAUCCUUAGUAGAUACCAAUUGGCUGAAUUUGAGCUUUGUGUGCUUGGAAAUCUUUGCCCUGAAACUGUGGAAGAAGCUAUUGCCAUGGUCCCAUCUAUCAAGAGUAGAGGCCGUGCUCUUGAAGAUGAGGCGAUUGAGAAAAUGUUGAACGACCUAUCUCUAAUAAAGAAAUUUGAAUAGUGCCCUAUGUAUUUCUGCUGAAGCUAUGUUGUGAAGAUACUCUGGUGUUUGACAAUGAUAGUAUAGUCCCAAGUUGCAACAUACUGAAUUGUGAACUAGGCAUUUUAUGCAGAUGCCCUGGCUGAAAAAGCUAAAAAUGUGCUCUUGAUUAGGAGUCGUGGCUGCAUCUUUUGCGUGAGUAGUAUGUUUAACAAAGCCUAUUGAUAAUGCUAGUCCUAAAUCUGUUGCUCGUUGCUUGUUCAGAAAAUGGCUUUAAUUUAUAGGUUCUGCAUGGUUAGAUUACAAAUUACACAACACACACACACACAUAUAUAUUUGUUUGAUGAUGAAUCCUUUGUUCUUCCACCAUUGUGUAUUGAAUAGCUCAUCAAAUUAAUGUACUUGUAUCAGCAUCA